AUUAUAUUUAUUAAAAAAAAAGAAAAUAAUGAGAUGGGCGGAGGGAGUAACAACAAAUGAGCCAAAGCAAUAUUCAAAUUAAAGCUUAACCACUAAUAAUUUUCCUAUUAAUCAGGCUUUUAUAGUUUUUUUUUAUUUAAUCAAGAUUUAAUAAGAAAAAUAAUAAUUGAUAAAUUAUUCAAUUAAAAUAAUCCUCUCUCUUUUUCACUUAAAAAGAAAUAAUCUCUAAAAAAAAAACAAAAAGUCUGAAAUCUGCCAUCCCUUUCCCCCUUCUAUCAGGCAUUCAUGCUUUAUGUUAUUCUUUGGAAUGCCACUUUCCAGACCAAAAUGAUUAUUUUAUAAUCCUUGCUUCACCCGAUAAAAUUCGUUCCUUCUUAUACCAUUUUUUAGAUAAAAGACACAGAAAGAGAUUGGAGAUUAAACGUUAAUCUCUGUCUGCAUCACCUCUGUAAUGUUCUGGUUGUAGAGAGAGACAAUGAGGAACAAUAUUUCUUUUGUUUUUGGCAUUUGGGAUUUCGUCUGGUCUUUUGUUUUCAAUUAUUAUGGCUAUAUGAAUUUGUAAAGUUGGUUUUUUGAUGGUUAAAAUUGAGUUUUUUUUUUUUUUUUUAUUGAAGUCAAAAUCUGAGUUUGUGCUUGAAGUUUUGAUUUUUAAAGGGUUUGUUUAUUUUUCUGAUUAUCUGUGGAUCUAUCAAAUGGGAAAGCCAACUGGGAAGAAGAAGAAUCCGGCUUCACCAAGAACCGGUGACGCCAAUGGUAAGCAGAGCAAACCCACGACGGCUCGGACAUCGAAGGCCUUUGAUGAAGACACAGCAAUGUUUAUUAACAUGUCGCAAGAGCUCAAAGAAGAAGGGAAUAAGCUCUUUCAGAAGCGCGACCACGAAGGUGCCAUGUUAAAGUACGAGAAAGCUGUCAAGCUGCUUCCGAGAGACCACAUCGAUGUCGCCUAUCUUCGAAGCAACAUGGCGGCUUGCUAUAUGCAAAUGGGUCUAGGUGAGUAUCCUCGAGCUAUCAAUGAGUGUAAUUUAGCUUUGGAGGUUUUGCCCAGAUAUAGCAAAGCUUUGUUGAAAAGAGCUAGGUGUUAUGAGGCUUUGAAUAGAUUGGAUUUGGCUUUGAGGGAUGUUAAUAAUGUUUUGAGUAUGGAACCGAAUAAUUUGACGGGGUUGGAGAUAUUGGGGAGCGUUAAAAAGGCUAUGACUGAGAAGGGUAUUAAAUUUGAGGAGAAAUUAAUUGCUUUGGCUAACGUAGAGCAGAGUGGCGCUUCCCGUUUGCGUAAGGUCGUGAAGGAGAAGGUAAAAAAGAAGAAGAAGACUGACAAAGUAGUGGAGAGGAAGGCAGAGGAUGAGGAUAAGAUGGUUGUGGAAGAGAAGAAGGUGAGUGCUGUUAUCAAGGACAAAGAUGUGGUAACGAAGACUAUUGAAGAAGAGGGAGUGGUUAACAAGAAUGUUAAAGAGGAGAAAGUGAUUACCAAGACAGUGAAGUUAGUGUUUGGGGAGGAUAUCAGGUGGGCGCAAUUGCCUGUGAAUUGUAGUGUUGGACUACUGAGGGAUAUAGUCAGAGAUAGGUACCCUGGCUUGAAGGGUGUCCUUAUGAAAUAUAGGGACCCGGAAGGUGAUUUGAUUACAAUUACUACUGCAGAAGAGCUAAGGCUGGCCGAAUCGUCAAGUAAUUCUCAAGGGUCGCUUAGGUUCUAUGUUGUUGAAGUUGGUCUUGAUCAAGAACCAGCUUAUGAAGGGAUGGGAAUUGAAGAGGAGGUGCAUGAGAUUGAUAAGAAACCAAGUGAUGCUGUUGAGAAUGGGAAUGUUGGGAAAGGUGUGGAAGUUCAAAAGGGACCAAUUACCAUAGAUGAUUGGAUUGUCCAGUUUGCACGGUUGUUCAAGAACCAUGUUGGCUUUGAUUCUGAUUCAUACUUGGAUCUUCAUGAACUAGGUAUUAAAUUAUACUCAGAGGCAAUGGAGGACACUGUAACAAGUGAAGAAGCACAUGAACUUUUUGAUAUUGCUGCGGAGAAAUUCCAAGAGAUGGCAGCUUUGGCUUUGUUUAAUUGGGGAAAUGUUCAUAUGUCCAGGGCAAGGAAAAGGGUGUUCUUUUCUGAAGAUGGUUCGAGGGAAUCUAUACUUGCACAGGUUAAGAAUGCAUACGAGUGGGCAAAGAAAGAAUAUGUAAAGGCAGGAACAAGAUACCAAGAAGCUUUAAAAAUUAAACCAGAUUUCUAUGAAGGUCUUCUUGCACUUGGGCAACAGCAGUUUGAUGAAGCCAAGCUGUGUUGGUAUCAUGCUAUUGGAACCAAGCUGGAUUUAGAAAAUGGACCCUCUGAGGAGGUCCUUGACCUUUAUAACAAGGCUGAGGACAGCAUGGAGAAAGGCGUGCAGAUGUUGGAAGAGAUGGAGGAGCAGCGUCUAAAUGGGCUUUCCAAAUUUGACAAAUACAAAGCACAGAUGCAAAAAUUUGGUCUGGAUGGGCUAUUGAAAGAUGUAUCUGCUGAAGAAGCAGCAGAGCAGGCAGCAAAUAUGGGUUCACAAAUUUACCUCUUAUGGGGUACCAUGCUUUAUGAGCGUUCUGUUGUGGAAUAUAAGCUAGAGCUACCAACUUGGGAAGAAUGUUUAGAGGUUGCAGUUGAAAAGUUUGAACUUGCUGGUGCUUCUCCAACAGAUAUAGCUGUUAUGAUAAAGAACCAUUGUUCCAAUGAAACUGCUCUUGAAGGUUUGGGCUUCAAAAUUGAUGAGAUUGUACAGGCGUGGAAUGAGAUGUAUGAUGUUAAGAGGUGGGAGACUGGUAUUCCAUCUUUCAGGCUGGAGCCAUUGCUCCGUCGGCAGGUUUCAAAACUUCAUUAUACGUUGGAGACCGUUUGAUAUUUUGUCGCUGGUUGUUGAUUAUUCUUUAGGAGUAUUGGCAAGGCUUCAGUUUUCAGUGUUCAUUUUUCCAAAUGCUAUUUUGCUACCAAUUAAGAUGGGUAAGACAAUUUUGCUUGGACUUUUGAAUUUAGGAAUUCCAUUAUUACCCUAACUUCUAAUUUUUUGUACUGGAGUCAUUGAUGCAAAAAUUUAGGAAGCUUAGCCUUUAACGGGACAUGAUUUUAGUUAACAACCACUGAUUUACACAUGUGGGAAAUGGCGCUUAUAGUGUAUAUUGACUUCUAGGGGUGAAAGAUAAAAACUUGAAUCAGGGAAUAACCUAAACAACCUAACUGGCAUUAUAUUUUAACUUGUCCACCCAUUAAGUUGUUUUUCAAUUUAAUCUCUCUUUGCUAUUCUCACUUUGACAUGAAGUAUUUAAUCUUGGAUGAAGAGUUUGAUGUGAUAAUUUUUCAUUGGAUGGGUGUAAUGUUGGCUUCAAAUGUCAUUUUAACCGGAGGCAGAUGAGAAAUGAGAAUGAUUUUCGAACUUUGGGUUCAGGAUCAUUUGAUUAUGUGGCAUUGUUGUUUAAGAUGGCUUUUUAGAUUUGGAAGAGACAUGGUUUUUGGAGAAUCAUUAAGCUAAGUGGGUAUUGGAUUGUCGAAAGUGAUCAGAUAAUAUUGGUUUUAUUCUACCAUUUUCAUCCUAUUUUGAUAACUAUCCUUAUCUUUGAGGACUGAGAAUGAGGAGUGUGUUAGACAGACUUAUUUUCAAUGACUUUUGUUCUGGAGUUCUGUAAGUUCAUAUUUGAGAUUUUUGGUUGUCUUAAAAGCUAGGGGCUGAUUUUUCUUUUCUGUUGGGUGAAGGAAUUCUUCUGGGAAUUUUUUUUUACUAUUUAUGGAUCUUCCUGUUCUCACUGCUUGUGAUGUUUCCUUCAAUGAGGAUCUCAAAACACUGUUCUAAGCGUCGGCUGUUAUACUUGCAAAGCUGCAUUUAGCGUAUUUAUUAAAGAAAACUUGAUGCAUGGAAAAGUUGUUUGUGGUGGCCUACAAUUUUACUGGAAAUAUGAUCCUAGAUAGGUUUGAUUGUGAAACUCAAAAAAUAUUAAUCUAGAUAUUCUACGUUAAUGCCAUUUGGUUUCACUCUUGAUUUCUUCUGAUUGCAGGUCAAUUGUUUUUGUGAACCAUUAUACAUGCUGAGCUUCUUGUUUGCGCUGGGGGCAAAUAACAGAAGUUUGUAUAGCAUCAGUUUUGGAAUGAAACUGAGUUAGUGAUUGGAUUUUCAAGAUUUAUGGAAAAAGCAAGUAACUGAGCUGGUUAUAUCAUCAUACUUAUGAUUUUAGAGUUUUUCCCCCCUCCAUACUGUAGUUGCUGCAAUGCACAAAUAGUGAGUAUAUGAUUGAUUUGUUCAUUCCAAAGAAUAAGUGGUAAAAACAUUAUGUUUGUUACUCAUGCAGGCUAGGUGCCUGUUAUAGAUUGUUAGCUUAUUUUUUUUUUUAACAAUUUGUUGGUUUUGUAAAGAAUAAAGCAGUGUUCUUCUGUAUUGCCAUGAUUUUGAAUUUUGUGGUGCCAAUUCUGAUAGUAGUGACAUUUACUUUGAUUUUUUUA